AUUUUUCGUCUUAAGUAAAUUUGCUAAAUCAGUAGCUAGCUAGUAGCCGAGUUGUUCUCGUGCAGCUAGCAGACACGAGAUCCACAUAGCACGUUGGAAGCGAUGAAACAUCUGAAGUCCAUUCAUUUUCAGUGAAGUGGGCGGGAGGGCCUUUGGGCGAUGUGAGCAUGGGCAAAGGACGUGAACAGGGCGGACCAAAGUUGGGGAAAGCUGAACUUAAUGCAAAUUCUCCGCGACAUCGCGUUAUUGACCAAUCGAAGCUCACUAUAGUUUCCAGACCUUAUUGGAUUGGCUGUUGAUACCUUCCACUUCCUAGCCUGUUUGCUCGCACCAACAUCAGGUUGAUGCAAGCUAUCCGAAUUUACGAGUUAAAGGAUCUCGACCAUAAGUGUUUAAACAGGAUGAUAAAGGAGAAUGGUGACCUGUUUUCUGAUGCCCUGUGCAAAGUCUGCAGUGCUGUCCUGAAUUCUGACUCACAGAAACUUGCACAUUAUCAGAGCAAAAAGCAUGCCAACAAAGUGAGACGCUACAUGAGCAUCCACAAAGAAGAGGAGCCCACCAUCAAAAGGUUCAAGUUGCCUUCGGGAGACAGCGCCAACAGUAAUGAAGAGACGGAUCGCUCCAAAGCCUGUCUUAUAUGUAAUAUGACAUUUUCCUCUCCGGUGGUGGCUGAGUCCCACUACCAGGGCAAGGUGCACACCAAGAACCUGAGACUGAAGACUUUUGGCCACCAGCCCCCAGUAGCACUACCUCAGGCCUUGGCCCCAGUAGUGAAGAAGAAGACUCAGUCAGAAGAGGCGAGCAGCAUGGCAUCGUCAGGCCCGGCCGAGGACGACCAGGACCACUUCUGUUCCAUCUGCCACGCCUCAUUCAACAACCCCCUCAUGGCCAAGCAGCACUACGAAGGCAAGAAGCAUAAAAAACAGCUGACCCAGCAGAAGCUGAUGGAGACCUAUGGGCCGUCCACAGCACCUGCUUCCACAGUAAAGGGCUAUCCAUGCACUGUGUGCAACAUUGAACUCAACUCUGUGGAACAGUAUCAAGCUCACAUCAGCGGCUCCAAACAUAAGAACCAUGUCAGAGGGAAGAAAGGGAGCAACCCAACAUUUGUCAGCCCCUCUGAAAACCAGUACACAGCAGAAAACCAGCAGUCUGAGUACCAUUAUACGCCUGAAGCCGAACCAGUCCAGGAGGACUGGGGCGCUUUCAACCAGGACUACGAGUGAAGAGACUCCCAGUACCCCCCCACCUCUCUCCAACUACCACAGCUACUGGUGUCCCUCAGUUAGGGCCAGGAGGAUUUCCUGACCACAUCACCUGACCAGGAUAAACUCUCUUUGUUACAGGCUACAACUAGGCCCCAGAGUUUUCCCUGUUCAUGUCACAUGGUCAUGUAAAAUCCCUGGAAAGAGAGUGUGUCCUCCCUGCUUCUCUCUGUGGUGUCGUAUCUGCCUCAUAGGUGAAUCCUAUCUAUCUACUCCAGUUCUACUUCAUUCUAUCUGUACUCAGAGACGGUCAGUCUCCCAGUACAUGUGUUGGUUGUGUUCUCAGUCGGUCAGACCAGAGCGGUAUAGAGACACCUGGACAUGUUGUCUAUCAUUCCUGUUCAAAAUGUCAUAUUUCAAAUUCUGACAUAAUACAGUACAAUGAUAUGAUGUUGGUGUGAUGGACUUGCAGUAGUGUUAUGGUUCUAUUUUUAUUUGGGCUCAUAAUCCUUGGUGCCCCCCCUAGGGUUUUGUCCAACACCUAAAUCUUUUGAUUCAUCUCUUUACAUAAUGUUUCUCUGUGACUGGCUGAGAGGGAAAAACUCAAUAACAUAUCCUGUACGGAAAGUUAUUUUUCUUGAACUUUUACUCGUUCUAGUUAUUUCAGUUUGCAGAUAGCAACAUGGAGAGUAACUUGGACUUUCUAAAAAAAUAUUAUAUACAUGUAAUUUUCUGCACCCUCCAACCUCAGUGUUUGUGAGAACCUUCUAGUUUGAUGUCUAUUGUAAGUAAAAGACUGCCAGAUGAUAAGUACGUCCUAUAAUCGUUUUAUUAUAUGUACAUGCGUUCGUAUCAAUUUAAAAACAGAGCUGUCACAAACUAACAAUACGUUGCAGCAGAUAAGCAAUGUCAUACUCUAACCUUACUCUGUAUUAGGAAUGCGCUGUCAGUACCAGGGCUUAAAAAGCAAUGUAAUUUUGUUGUUUUUAUUCCUGUUUAUUUCUGUUUUUAGUCACAUGAGAAAUUAUAUGAAGCAACUUACAAUGUGAAAUAUGCCUUUACUAGACAUCUGCUGUAGUAUGUCAUAGUUGUAGAAAUCAUAAUGUUUUACUCCAUAGUUGUCCAUCUGUGCUGGUAGGGUCAUGAAAGAUUGUCUGAAUAUUGGUCAACAUUCUUUCUGAGGGAGUGGCUUUUGGAAUGGGAUUUGUCUGUGAAUGUAAAGGUACUCUGAUAGUGUUUCAGUGGUGAUGGUGAGACUAAAAUAAGGUAUUUUAAAAGGUCAAUGUUUGGUGUAGUAAGUGCUAAUACUUUUAGUGUUUUUGCUGCAUUUAUUGAAUGGACAAAAAAUAUCUACUUGGAUAUGGGUCGGAUUAGUGAGGGAUUGGAUGUGCAGAAUCGUCGUAGCAGUCCCGGGUGCGUUACUGACAGACAGUAAAGGAUCCUAGAUUUGUACUUUUAUUGCUUCAAGUGAAAUACUAUGUUGAUCUUUAAAAGCAUAAAUAGAUUUUGAUUGAUCUUAAGAUCCCAUUCCCAUUAUUUCAUUUUGUGACGAGUUGUUUUGGCUAUGUGAAAUUUUGUCAUGUCCUAAAAUAGUUUUUUUUCAUCAGACAUGACAAGUUGAAUAUCUAUUACUGAAUGUGUCGCCCUGCCUUUUGGCUGAAGAAACGUUGCAUUCAUUUUGGAUGUAAUUCAUUAGAAGAGGGCUUCUAAAUACAUUGUAAAACAAGCAAAAAUAUGGCCUUUUAUUUCAGACCUCAUUCUUGUUGUAUUAGUUAUUGUGUUGUAAAUUAUCAGAUUUAUUUUCAAUACAAACUAUGUAUGCCUAAAGAAGUGCUAGGAAAAUGUGUAUCUAGUAAAACAAUGUUUUAACUAAA